AUGGAGCUGGCUCAACCAUUGUCGCAGUUUGUAUUGGGUCGUGAACAAACUGAGAAAGAACUGUCAAGUUUCCGCACAUUCUUAUCAUCGGUAAAAGUUGUUCCUCUUGAUAACGAAUAUAAACACCGCAUAUCAGCAAAGUUGAAAUUUCGAAAUGACUACAAAAAGUAUGUAAAGCUGUUAGUGGCUGAGUUGUUGAAGAAUAAAUCGGGUAAUGUCUUGAUUUCUGGUUUACCUAAAGUACGAAGAAGUAACUUCCAAUCAGGUGGAUUGAAUCUAGUUUACACAUCCUUUGUUGUGAAUGAGUUGCAUACAUAUAAUUGGAAACGAGUGUUUGAGAUAUUAGGAUCAACACGCAUGACUGAUUUGUUGACCAAUUAUAAAGGCUUUAUUGUAAACAAGGGUAACCUAAUACAAAUUUUUGGAGAUAGGAUAACGUAUACAGAAAAGAGUGUCACUGACCUGUCUAAAUUGAUUAGUAAAUCAUCGUUAUUUCAUUACAGGCAAUUCAGACCACGAUAUUGGGAAUUUGAUUUGCUAAACCUGAACCCUGAUGAACUUAUGAGUGAUGUUUUCGGAGAGAGCACUAAAGCAAAACGAUUUAGGAGAAUAAAAUUCUUAUUAAACACAAUCAUCGAAAAGGACCAAGCUUGCAAAUACCAUUUAAUCUAUCAACAACUACUACUACGAAACAAAACCAUUAAUCCUCUCAAGGUUUGUAGUAAUGCAAGCUCCUUUCAUGAGGUCAUUCAAUUUGUGUUUGUCAUUUUAGGUAAACUCCUAUCAUUGGAAGCUUGGGGGGGUCAAGGAAACAAAACUAUUCUUCGAAAACGAGUGGAAGAAUAUUUGAAACUUGACUCAAGGGGAUCUAUGCAUAUACACGAUAUUGUAAAGGGGCUUCGCUUGAAUGACUAUCAAUGGCUUGGAACGACGCCCAAAGUGACCUCGAAACAGGAUUUCGAAAUCAGACAGAAGUUACUUCAAGAUUACGUCCAUUGGUUGUUUUCAACCCUUCUUAAAGAGAUCAUACGUGCCUUUUGGUAUGUUUCUGAAACCACUGAUGGGGAAAUAUUGUUCUUUCCUCGUCAUAUUUGGCACAAAAUUUCACAGUUAUGGUUGGAGACGUAUUCGAAAGAUAAUUUCAUCAGAUCAGCACUAACAGGAAGUGAAAGUUACAACUAUGGCAUCCUUGAACUAAUUCCCAAAAAAGAUACGUUCCGUGUAAUUUGUGUUCCUUCCAAGAGGUCUCCUCAUCUUCUAGACACGAAGCUCACACCGGAGCAACAAAAAGACCAAGAUAUCAAAUUCAACAUUUAUCGAGCCAAUGUAUUGCGGCCAGUGAGGUUAAUUUUGCAAACGAAAUUCAAUGAACGAUCUCAAAUAGACACCUGCUAUUCUACGACCGCAUUUUCGACCCAGCAAAUUGCCGACAGAAUUCUUGCCUUUAAGACCAAGUUGUUGCAAAAAUUCCCUAGCAUGCCAAAGCUAUAUUUUAUCAAAUUUGAUAUGAAGGAGUGUUAUGAUAGAAUGAAUCAGAAGAAAUUGAUUGAAAAGGUGAUCAGUUUGUUUCGUGAUGACAAGUCAAAUACAAAAUACUACUACAGGAUUGUGGGAAAGAUGAGACUAAACUUAAGGCAGCAAUCUAUGAAACAUUUUACCGCUUCUAAUUUAAAUGAUCUUGAUCUACUCUCAAAGAGUCCAGCAAGUGAUAACAAGUCAAUUUGGGUGGAUACUGGAAAGACCAUAUACUUGACCAGAAAAGAGGUUAUAAGUGAAUGUAUUCAACAGAUUUUUGGGGCAAAGUGCUAUAUCAAAGACCGCAAAACACAUUCUUUGAGGUUCUAUAGAAGGAAGCAAGGUGUUUUCCAAGGAUUUUCCUUACUGAGCAUCUUUUGCGAUAUUCUAUACAGUUCAAUGGUUGCUGAUAAUUUCAGAUUUUUAUGGGAGUCUGACUUGCCAUUUUUCUUCACUCGAUUAGUGGAUGAUUUCUUGUUUAUUUCGCCCGCUGUUGAGCAAUAUAACAAAGUGUUGGAAGUUAUAUCCGAUGACCGGUUACAGAAGUAUGGAGCAUAUGUGAAUAACGACAAAACCCAAGUAAUUGAUUUUGCAAACUCAUCUAAAACUUUACAAUUUGUUGGAUUAGAAAUUGAAGUCGACACUUUGAACUUGACAACGAACUACAUGAGGUAUUGCAAUUUGUCUACUAGUACUUAUAGGACAUUUAGCGAUUUAUUACGUUACUUGAAAACUGCCUAUACGACAAGAUUACAUGAAUAUAUGUUGAAUUGUGAAAAGAAUGCCUUCUCCACGGUCAUGAGAAAUGUACUGGACUUGUUGCUGUUUAUAUUGAGUCUGUUCAAACGCUCAUUUCAAAGAAUUUCGAAUGUGGAUAGGUUUAUUCCGGAUAAAUUCAACAAGUACCUAUGGAGCAUUAUUUUGCUAACUUUGAAUAAGUUUGAAAGUUGUAAUCAAACCAGUGAUCUUUUGGAUGACUUGUUAGACAAUUUGUUGUCUACCAUUGCAGCUGUAUUGGCUCACGGCCCACAGUACAAGGACAUCAUCAAAAAUUUGACCAAAUCUAUUCUUGAGGAAGUUGGGCUAGUUCCUCUCCAGUGA